AUGCAGCCUCUUUUAGAAUCUAUUGAUUCUGAGAGUAUUAUCAAUAGAGAACUUCAUGGAUUUGAAUUUUCAUCUGCUGCAUUUGUUAAUGUAUUUUAUACGUUUUAUUCAUUCAGGAAUAAGCCUAAGCCUAAGAUGUUUAAAAGAUUUACUAAGAUUUAUAAAACAAAAUUAAAAAUGGAGAUAUCAAUGGAGUCAGAUAUCUUCUUGGAAUAGAUCCUUUUACCUCUAACCAAAUGUAACCAAUUCAUAUAUAUACAAUUGUUGAUGAAAAAAAAAAUACAUUGCUUAUGGAGACUGUUUUGAAAGAUCAAAAUAUACUUUUUAUUGAUCUAAUAACAUAUUCCCUUAAAUAAUUCGGGUAUCUAUUCAUUAAGAAAUUUUAGUGAGUUUCAAACUAAAUUGUGGGUUACUCAAUAAAAUGAUUCUGGAAUUUAAUGUAUGCAUCUAGCUACUUAAAAAGGUAAUGUUACAAUUCUUGAUGCAAUUUUUAAGUUAGGAAUCCAAUUAGAUUUGAAAACUAAAUAAGG